UGCUUCCGAGGGGGGAAACAAAGUUCGGCCGCCAAAGUCAAGUUGGUGUCCCGUUUGAAUUCUCCUUCUUGUUGUUAUUCGGUCAGGAUGUAACCUCCAAGAUGAGAUGAGCAUCGUGCUGUUGUUGUAAAUUAAUAAGGAGAAUAAAACACCUGGCGGAGCCCAUUGCACGAUACGGGAAUUCGGUGCCUGUUCUGUGCCGAGUAAAUGAAGGAUCAGGUCGGUUACCGCAAAAAGUAACGAAGUCGAAAAUCUGACACUCUGGAAGGUUGACAGCAUUUGGAAGAGGCGCUUCAGGAAUCAACGGCCGCGAUGUUCAAAAAGGAUGGCGAGCGGUCCCACCUAGUCGGAGACAAGCGAGCGGCCAGAUACACGGUGACCAUGGGCAGCCUCUCGAAGGACGACCGUGUGUGUGAAGACCCUGAGCUUUCUGACUCCAACGAACUUAAGCACUGUCACGAUAAGAGCAAAUCCUUGAAGAAUCGCAAGAAGGAACAAAAGCAAGCAAGAUGCCGGCUCCUCGCGGCUUCGGCAAUCUGCCUGGUGUUUAUGGUGGCCGAAAUUGCUGGUGGCUACUUUGCAGGUAGCUUGGCCGUUAUGACAGAUGCAGCCCACCUCCUCGUGGACUUCACCAGCUUCAUGAUCAGCCUCUGCUCUCUCUGGUUAUCUUCAAGGCCUGCAACAAAGAGAAUGAAUUACGGAUGGCACAGGGCUGAAAUCCUGGGAGCCCUGCUGUCUGUCUUCACAAUCUGGCUGGUAACUGGCGUCCUUGUGUACCUGGCCUGUGAGAGGCUCAUAAAUGACGACUACACCAUUGAGGGCACCAUCAUGCUCAUCACCUCCGGCUGCGCCGUCUUAGCCAACGUUAUAAUGGGCCUGGUGCUUCACCAGUCUGGGCAUGGGCACAGCCAUGGAGGGCACAGCAACCACUCCCAUGACAAUGACAUUGAGAAGUGUGCCACGGAGAGAGGAGAGAAGAAGCGGCCUCAGCCUAAUGCCAGCGUGAGAGCAGCUUUUGUUCACGUGGUCGGCGAUCUCCUGCAGAGCAUCAGCGUGCUUGUCAGCGCCAUCAUCAUUUUCUUUAAGCCGGAGUAUAAAAUGGCAGAUCCCAUCUGUACCUUCCUCUUCUCCCUUUUUGUGCUGACCACCACUUUCACAAUUCUACGGGACAUCUUACUUGUGUUAAUGGAAGGAGCGCCAGCAGGUAUCAAGUACAACGCCAUACGGGAGACUAUAAUGAAAGUGAAAGGCGUCAACGCCAUCCACAACCUGCACAUCUGGGCCCUGACCAUGAACCAGGCCGUUCUCUCGGCACACGUCGCCAUCGAUGACACAGUGGACACCCAGCUGGCUCUUAAAGAGAUGACCCAGGCUUGUUUCGACAAUUACAGCUUCCACUCCGUCACAAUUCAAGUGGAGACACAGGCCGACCAGAAACCCGAGUGUGUGCUUUGUCAGGACCCCAAAGAUUAGUUCAUCUUCACGAUAAGGUGCUCAGAGUAACCAGGGACUGGACACGUGAUACGGACUGGCACUUCACUAACAGAGCUGCUGCUCCUGUGACUCAGCAGAGGACGACAGUGGCAGCGAUGGAGUGGACAGAUGGACCCCCAGUGUCAGAUAAAUCUUAGUUCUUAGUUCUCUGCCUUUGAAGAAAAUUCAGCUACCACUUAUGGAAAGCCAGCAGAUGCUAACAUUUAAUUUGCUUUACAGGAUAAUAAAAGUGCUAUGAGUACCGACGUUUUAAACCGAUCCAUGCAUUUUUAAAGCUGGGAUAUUUAAAUAAAUUCAAAAUUCAGUAUUAAGUAUUUUUGCAGGCAAAUGAGAUUGAAAUGAACCUGGUGAUGAAAUU